AAGCUGACCCACGGCGUCUCUAAGCUCCCCGAACCGACGAUUCCUUCCCUCCCUCCGAAGACAAAGACAAAGACAAUGGCGUCGAACAGCAGAGAAGCGAGGAGGCGAAAAAUCUUAGAAAGAGGAUCUGAUCGUUUGGCCUUUAUCACUGGUCAGAUCAACGGCGUUCCUCCUCCUCCACCUUCUUCCCUGUCUCAAUCUCAUCUCUCACCGGAGACGAUUCCGUCUCGUGAUGAGAUUCCUACUGAACGAGAAACAGCUUUCACAAGUCAUCAGGAAAACAUCUCCGAGGCUUCGAUGCUUGAUAAUAUGGACCCUAUCAUCCAUCAAAGCAGAGCAGACUCUCUUCAGCCUCUCAAGUUUACUGAAUCAUUGGCUGAAGCCUCCGAUUCAGAUCCCAGAGACGCAACAAUACAACCGUCUCCUGCAACCCCAUCAUCAGUGGUAGAUUUGGGCGCUUCUCAAGCAUUUACUCCUCUGGUUAGUUUUGUGAACACCAUCACUCCAAAACACAUUGGAGCCGCCAUUGAUGCUUCGGAAUACGCACGGAUGUUCUCAUCUAUUCUGAUUGCGCUUCUUGUCGUGCUAUCUCAUCUCGGGUUCUCUUCCCUAGGCAGCAUAGUAAGCUUCAGACCUGUCUUCUUGCUUCUCUUGACCGAUGCCACAAUUGUGCUGGGGCGUAUUCUGCUGGGCCAUCAUGGAGAUCCUCCCUCAGCUUCAAGACGAGAAAACUCAGUAAUGAAUGGACUAGGCAUAGCGGACCAAGUGGGCAACGCGCUGGAGAUGGUCAUGAUGAUGAAGAAAAUAAUGAACGCUGUUUCUAUGGAUUUUAGCUUGUACGCUGUGUUUCUCAUAUGUGGCCUCUUGUUCACACAAAACAUCUUUGCUUAGGUCCUCUUUGUAGGUUUUUUUUUUUGGACAACAUGUGAUUUCUUAUUUAUUUCUCAUACUAUUACAGACUACGCUUAUGAUUCAUUA